AGACUUCCUGGUCGCCGUACCAUGUGACGUCGGCUGGUUGCGCGCGUUAUAGUGACCACGUGACUGUGCAGCGUUUACCGAAACCAAGGCGUUCGCGUGUAUAUUAUCAAUAAUUAGAGAUCUGCCAGUUCUCCCGGAAAUGUUGGGAGUCUCACGACAAUCCCCACAUUGAAUAAGAGCCCCCUGAACGAUCACUCCGCGUUCCCUGGCGUGACGCUCUAUGUGCGCACUCGCGAUGACGUCAUCACAAAGCGCCGCAAGGCUCUGACAAUUGUGUCAAUACAGGUUCUUAUUUUAGUUAUUGAUUUGCGCGCUCGUUAUAGUUUGUUAGUGAGAAAUGGCAGAGGUGGAGAUUGGGCUACACUGCAGCGCUGAGAAUUGCGGCCAGUUAGAUUUUUUACCUUUUCGAUGUGAUGGCUGUUCAGGAGUAUUCUGCCUAGAGCACAGAAGCAGAGACUCCCAUGGCUGCAUACAGAUGCCACAGAGUAAUGAUUUGGGGAAAUCAGAAGGCAGCACCCUAUACCCAUGUAUGUAUGAAGGCUGCAGUGGAAAGGAAUUGGUCCCAGUUCUAUGUCCCUACUGUGAGAAAUGUUUCUGUUUGGGACACCGGCAUCAGUCAGAACAUGAAUGUAGCAAGCUUGAUGUUCCAAAGCCACGAAUGGUUGCAACUCAGCAACUUGUGAAAGAGAUUGUAGAUUCUAAGAAGUGUGCUCCAAACAGCAAAGUCCGAAGGGGGGCAAAAAACAGUGAAACAGCAGCAAAAGUUGCCCUUAUGAAGCUUAAACUACACGCUGCUGGGGACAAGUCUUUGCCACAGACUGAGAGAGUCUAUUUCCAAGUGUAUUUGCCCAAGGGCCAAAAGGAGAAGAGCAAGCCAAUGUUCUUUUGCAAAAAGUGGAGCAUCGGCAAAGUUGUGGAUUAUGCAGCAUCGUUAGCAAAUCUUAAGAAUGAUAACAACAAAGCUGCAGCAAAGAAGCUGAGAGUGUGCCACACAGAGACAGGAGAGGAGUUACCUUUGGACAGUACUGUAGAAACGUGGAUUUCCAACUCGCAGAACCCGUUAUACAAUGGCGGAAAUAUUAUUAUUGAAUAUCUGGACAAUGAAUCUCAUACUCUACAAGAUGUCAAUUCCUAUUUAUUAUGAUUCUGACAAAUAAGGGACUUACAGAGGCGGAUGUUAUGCAAUUACACAAUAAAUAUUUUAUA